AUGGAGUCUGCGGGCUCUCAAGCUGUCAACCGCCUGUCGCCCUCCCCAGCCCGUGGUGAUGUGGGCCCGUCCGCCACGCUCCGCCCGGAGCGCAACAGCAUCGUGCCGCCCUACUGGCAGCGGCAGGACCGGAACGACAGUCGUCUGAGCUGGAAUUCGGUGGAGAACGGCUCUCGUCCGACGCCGAUACGGCUCGAAGACCACACCGACGAGGGCUCGGAGCAGUGCAAAGCGCUCUGGGCGAAACAUGUCUCCAUAGAAGAUUACGUGAUUGUGAGUGGCACCGCGCCCGGCUUGGGGGCCUACGUCGUCUGGAACAUCACCGUCGAGACCCUGGAUGGAGGUCCCAUGAAGAUCAUCAAGAGAUACUCUGAAUUCGAAAGCCUGCACCACAAGCUGGUCACAACGUUCCCCCAUGCAGUGGGCUCCAUCCCGCCACUGCCACCCAAGUCCGUCGUCUCGCGCUUCCGCCCGAGGUUUCUAGAAAGACGCAGAAUCGGCCUCUCCUACUUCCUGAAUUGCAUAUUGCUCAACCCGGAGUUUGCGGGCUCGCCAGUCCUCAAGGAGUUUUUGUUCUCAUAA